AUGGUCUGGAAGGAUGGUGUUGAAGGCAGAGCUGAAGUCGACAAACAGGAUCCUGGCGCCUUCAGAGACGACACCGUGGAGGAGAUCCAGCAGUACAGGAGUUCAGGAAGUCUCUCCACAGGUAAACUGUCUCCUGCUCAGUGCUCAGCUCUUGUCUUUAUCUUACUGUCAUCAGAAGAAGAUCUGGAUGAGUUUGACUUUAAGAAAUACUCUACUUCUGAGGAGGCUCUUCUGAGAAUGCUGCCCGUGGUCAAAGCCUCCAACAAAGCUCUACUGAGCACCUGUAACCUGUCAGAGGAAGGCUGUGAACGUUUGUUGUCAGUCGUCAGCUCCCAGUCCUCUAGUCUGAGAGACCUGGACCUGAGUACCAACAGCCUGAAUGAUUCAACAGUAAAGCUUCUGUCUGCUGCAGUGGAGAGUCCACACGCCAAACUGUGUAUUCUGAGACUCAAUGUCUGUGAACUCUCAGAGGAAAACUGUAAAGCUCUGUCCUCAGCUCUCAGCUCUCAGUCCUCUAGUCUGACAGAGCUGGACCUGAGUAUCAAAAACCUGCCGGAUUCAGGAGUGAAGCUUCUGUCUGCUGGACUACAAAGUUUAAACUGUAAAAUGAAUACUCUGAGACUGAGUGGCUGUAACCUCUCGGAGAGAAGCUGUGAAGCUCUGUCCUCAGUCCUCAGCUCCCAGUCCUCUAGUCUGAGAGAGCUGGACCUGAGUAACUCUGACCUGCAGGAUUCAGGAGUGAAGCUUCUGUCUGCUGGACUGAAGAGUUCACAAUGUGCAGUGAAAACUCUCAGUCUGUCAGGCUGUCUGAUCACAGAGGAAGGCUGUACUUCUCUGGCCUCAGGUCUGAGCUCCAACCCCUCCCAUCUGAGAGAGCUGGACCUGAGCUACAAUCAUCCAGGGGACUCCGGAAUGAAGCUGCUGUCGGCUGGACUGAAGGAUCCAGGCUGGAGACUGGACACUCUCAGCAACAUGAGGGAGCUCAUGUAGCGGAUGUUACCAAAAGAACGUGUCUAGCCUGGAUAGCAGCUGUGAGAUGAGCUGAUAUCAGUUCUCUUCCAUCUCCAAAUAUCUGUUGGUGUGCUCCAGACAUUUUCAUUCCGGCAAACCAGCCUAUGAAAUGGAUGAAACAUCGUGAUUGGGUUCCAGCGCUACACAAGGGCCACUCCGAAAUCCCUGCUUCAAACAUACCACCAUGCCAAUCAGAUUACUUCUUCCAUGUGAGGGUGAAGAGGUGACCCUUCUGGAUAAGAUCAUGAAGGUUCGCUGCGUUUUGGUGAACAGUGUGGUAGUAAUACUCUUAAAAGUCUUGUGCUGUAUAUAUAUAGCGGUAAUUUUUCAAAAGAAACAGUAAAUUAAGUAGUGUUAGUAUUGGAUGGAAACACUGUCAUGAUUUUGUGUAAACAUGGUUCCUUCUGUAAACUAUAAAUGACAUGGAUUCUACAUUGUAACUGAUGUGAUGUUCUAUAAAGUGGUUUUAAUUAAA